UUGCUUGCGAGUGGGUGGAAUGACUUGAUCAGCAUCGAGACGCAGAGCGAUUCAGAGAGCGAGGGAGAGAGAAUCGUGAGGUGGGCAGUAGUAGUGUGGGAUUGAUUGGAGGCGAUGGCGUCAGGGUUCGGGGUCACGGGGAAGAAAGGACGAUGCUACGACGUGUGGAUGGAUUUCAGCGAUUGUAUGUCGCACUGCUCCAUGCCAGCUGAGUGCACGUCCCGCCGGGACGACUACUUCGAGUGCCUCCAUCACCGCAAAGAGUACUCUAGGAUGAACGCUAUUAACAAAGAAAGAGAGCGGCAAGCUUUUGGAGACAAGAACCAAAAGCCUCAUGGUAGUCCUGGUCAUCAUUGAAAAGAACCUCAAAUGGUUUGCAGUUGAUGGGUAUGGUCAUUGGGGUAUUAUUGAACCCGUGUAGGAGACAACCCCUCGUAUUGCGUGUAGGAACGAACUUUGUGAAUUGGUUUAUCGAAAUUCAUGCUCCUUAACUUAUUAUGAAUUGUAUUUAUCUCAUAAUUAGCUUGCGCCGUUGUCAAACUGGAGGACCACGGCUUCUGUCUCCCAUUUGUCACUUCCAAAGCAAUAAGAUGCAUUUCUGUGUCCUUCUCUG